UUCAGAAUGGAUGACCUGAGUGAGAUGACGCUUGAGAGAUUCAGAUUGUGGUCGAUGCAUGCACUUAAAGUGUUUUUAUCGCACAGAAAUAGGAGCGUGAAUGGAACAUUCGACGAGCUUUCAGCAAGAGCGUUCUGUGUGUGGGAAGAAAACCUGCCUGUUAAUGAGAAGGCCGAACAGGCAGAACAGCGUCUCCUGGACGAGUAUAAACGGAAACUUGAAGUUGAAGGUGAGGUUAUCCCAGACCCAUUCGCACUGUCAUCAGGCUGGAAAGGCGAAGGUGCUGGAAUGAGUUUAUGGCCAUCUGUGUAUGUAACGGACAUUGCCAAGUUUUUAAAGUGCUCUACACCCAAUGAAGUGGUGCAUCGUUUGCUGAACGAGUACAAACAGGGAAAAGCCUACAUAUACUUUGAAAAUGGAUGGGUGAAAGAAGUCUACCUUCAUACACUAAAUGAAUCUGGUGACAAAUGUGUACUGAAAACCAAAGUGACUCCAUCAAUGUCCAUUAAUAGUAAACAAUAUGAUGUGUGGGAAGUUGUAAGGAAAAACUCAACAGAUCAACCUGGUGGCGAAUUGUUGUCAGCGUAUUGUAGCUGCACAGCCGGCAUGCAUGGUACAUGCAAUCAUGUCGCUGGACUUUUAUUCCGUGUAGAGCACGCAGUGAAAUCUGGAGAAACUUCAAAGGCAGCCACAAGUAAAUUGUCGCAAUGGAAUGUUCCAAAGGCAAAACCAACAAAGAAACCGGUGAAGGCAUCAGAAAUUGUGUGGCGAAAAGGACAUUAUGGUAAAAGUGCGGCCAAUGUGGAAAAUGAAAAAAAGAAACAUGCAAUGAAGAAAUUGUUCACUCCCUUAAACAAGAAGCAAGUAUCUUUUGUUCAGGACCCAAGCCAGUUAAGGAGUGACCUAUACAGUGUAUUGAAAGACGACAUUGGUGACUCAUGCUUUGCGAAGAUGUUUGAGAAGACAAAAGUAACUGUACAGACAAUAUCACUUCCACUGACUUUGAUUGAACUUGCACACAGUUUGAAAUCAAGUGGUGACAACAUCACACCUGAGCUUUUUUUUAACAAAAUUCUUUAUGACAGAAGAGAUGCGUGA